GAGGACAGGGGUGUUGCGAGAGACUAGGGCCAGAGCCCCACCUAGCCCCCGCCGACCCUCUCUCACUAUUCUGGACAAAGCAGCCUCGCAACAGACGAGCAACAGGGCAGUGACUGUACUUUCUGUGUCAGCGGUCCAGAGAUCUCUAGUCGGACUGUUUGGGAGGUGCUCUGUCUCUUACUUCCGGUGGCGGAGAAGAGCAGUUGCUAUGGUAAUCUGGAAAAGGCGGAGGUCUGUUCGGCUGCGCUGGGAGAUUCACGGAACUACUAAAGAGAAUUGGCUGCUCUUCUUGGUUUGUGAGCUGAAAUUAGGUAGCAACCGGCACUCUCUCUCGCUCUCUCGCUCGCUCUGCCCUCGCUAUGUGGCUGCCGCUCCCUCCUGCUACGUUUCCUUUUGUGUCCUCCUAAUAGCCCACGCAAGCCCCCGAAACACACAGGAAUGCAGCGUUGUGGCCAGAGGAAUACAAAACGGAGAGAGAUGUCUCCGAUCAGCUAUGACUGUUACAUAGUGCAGAGACGGUGACUGGAUGGCUCUCUGUUUUCACUCGGCCCUUUAGACGCCUUAGGCGCUUGUUAACUGUUUAUUUUUUUCCUGCUUAUUGUAUGUCUGGUUAUUUAUGGAGCCGUUUGCUACAUUGUACUCUCCAGGCCCCUGUCUCAGUCUUGGGCUAGAGUUUUAAAUAAAAAGGGGGUUUCAGAGCCCUAGGGGUCCAAUUAUACAUUUAUUUAAGCUUCAGUUUAGGCUCUCUUCAAAGGAAGGGAAAGAAUAGAAUUCUGGAACAUUUCUGCCCUGGGAUUUCUAUGUGAGAAUAACCCUAUUUGGAAAGAGCAUUUGAAGAAGAUCCUUAAAAAUAUGUUUUUAAAUUGCUUGCUGUAAAGUGAGUGCCCGUUCUUCCUUACUGGAACAGUUUUCUUGCACAUUUGUGAGAUGGCAUGCACGCAUAUGUGUUUAAAACUGAUGUUUAAUUAUGGUGAUACCAAUUUGCAGUAACCAGACUGUGACACCACAUCCCUAUGGGGUCCUUCUAAAUCUGGUGUAAUAUGAAAGUGUCAGGCAGGCGGUCUGUGUAUUAUAAAUAGGGUACUUCAUCCAUGAUAAGCGAUUAUUAUCUUUCUUUCCCAAGUGUAAAAGACCUACAUAAUUCAAGAAGGUGCCAGUGAUUUAGGCCUCCUGAGUAAGAAUCCAAUGAGUCCUGAAGGGGACUCUACCUGUGUCAUCUUAUUGUUCAACUUGAACUAUUCAAUUUAUUAGAUUGGAAUGUAUUUUCAGAAGUCAACGCAGGAUAAAGUAAUGUUGGAAGCCAUUGGACCACCAGCACAAUUUAGCACCUCAUAGUAGCCUUUGUUCAAUAAACCUUCAUCCAUGUUAACAGAAGAAACUACUGAAAUUUCAAAACUUACUGCUAACUGGGUGACAUCUCUGUCCCUCAAUUUCAUCAUCUGUAAAAUGGACAAAAAGUACCUGGUCAGUGUAGUAGAGGAUGAAAUAAGAUGUAUGAUUGUGUAUUAAUGUUUUAUGAGCAGAGGUUAUGUAUAUACCCCAAAUAUUACUACUAAUAAACUCAGUAAAGCCUGAUGGUAAUAAAUGAGACUUCAAAUAUUCAGUGAUUUGGCAUGUGCUGGAUUGUAGAAAUGUCAAUGAAAUGAUUUAGUUAAUCCUGCUAUGAAAGAAUGGCCAGCAAUCCUGGAAGUGAUGCAGCUUUGGGUACUCACAAAUCAAUGCUUUCAGGGAGUCCCCGAACAAAGAAAUUUCUACUAACUGAACAGGAGGUAUUUUAUAUGAAUUGUAGAGCCGCCUACUUAACUAUCUUCAAAAGCAGCCUGGAAAACAUUAUUUCUAAGGAUCAACUUUACCUAGCUCUUCAGCAUGCAGGAAGAAAUCCAUCCCAAAAGACCAUUAAUAAGUAUUGGACUCCUCAAACUGCCAAACUGAAUUUUGAUGAUUUUUGUAUCAUUUUAAGCAAGGAAAAACCUACUUCAAAAGCAGAAUUGCUAAAAUCAUUUAAACAGUUAGAUGCAAAUGACGAUGGUUCUAUUCUACACUCUGACCUUCAUAAAUAUCUAACGAAGAGAGGUGAGAAGAUGACUCAGGAAGAAUUAAAUGCUGUAAUAAAUUUGGCUGAUGUAAAUGCUGAUGGAAAGUUUGACUACAUUAAGUUCUGUAAAUUAUAUAUGACAACCAGCGAGCAAUGUCUCAAGACUACACUAGAAAGAGUGGAGGCUGAUAGUAAACUCAGGUGGCAGCAGUUUGGAAGCCACCUCGAAGGGUGCCCUGAAAGAGACGCAUCUCCAGCGCCAAAACCAUCACCUAGAAUCAUAAGAAAAAAUGACCAGGAAACAUUCUCAAGUAAAGGUGACCCAAGCCAUUCCUUACUGUCAACAACUAGAAAGUUCAAAACAUCUGUUUCCUUCACAAUUACCAUGAGUGCUAAUAGUAACCGAGAGUCAAAGUUAACAGAACCAAAUUUAAAGGACUGGCAGUAUGCACAAUCAAAAGGCUGUUUCUUUUUAGAAGAAGAUGGUGAAGUCGUUAGUCAUCAGUACAAGAUGCACAUAGCUCAAAGAUCUGUGCUUUAUCUAACAAUUAAGCCAUUAAAUCUGAGUCAAACUGAAGGAAAACGUUCCCCUUGGUUAUCGGUUGAUACGGCCUUAUAUAUUCUUAAAGAAAAUGAGGAUCAAGCAGAGCCACAGCUCAUGUGUUUUACCGAACUACAAAAUAGAGAAGUGUUUGGAUGGACUGGUGAACUAGGACCAGGAAUUUAUUGGUUAAUUCCUUCCACAACUGGCUGUAGGCUAAAAAAGGAAAUCAAACCAGUAACAGAAGAAGCCCAACUUGUAUAUAGAGAUGAAACAGGGGAAUUAUUUCUCACAAGUGAAUUUAGGUCAACUUUAUCAGAGAUAUUUGAAAUAAUUGAUUUAGAUGGAAAUGGUCUUAUUAGCCUCGAAGAGUACAAUUUUUUUGAAUUGAGAACAAGUGGUGAGAAGUGUGACGAGGAUGCUUGGGCUGUCUGCAGAGAAAACUUUGACACAAAGAAGAAUGAAUUAACAAGACAGGGAUUUAUGGACUUGCAUCUGAUGGAAGCCAAUGAUCGAGAAGGAGACCCCCUUGAUCUCUGGGUGACUCUACACUCGAUGGGCUACAACAAGGCUCUGGAGCUGACAGAGGCAUGCCCAUUUGUCAUCAAUAUCCAUGCAGAAAGAUGCAAGCCAAGAAUUAAAGCUAUCCAUAUGGAGACAUGCAGCGGGCAACUUGAGAGGGCCAUUUGCAAGUCCGUUCUUGAUAGAAGUGAUGCUAAAGUCAUGGAUGGCUAUGAAAAUAUAAUCGUACAUACUUGCAAUUAUGACACCUGGAUAACAUCAAUCAUUGAAAAUAAGUCAGAUGACAAAGUGAUUAUUCACAUCAACAAUGAACUGAGUAAAAACUGUGUCAACAACAGAGGACUUAGCAUCUUUGCAGUAGAAGUGGCCCCAAGAUCUACAAUGGUUUGUCAGCAUGUAAUGCCCCUGAAUGAACGACAAGAAUGGAUAUAUUAUUGUGUGUAUUCCCUUAUAUCUUAAAUAAUUCCACGUGGAACUAUCAAACUAAGAAAUAUUUUAGAUCGAAUCUGUUAUUUAUUAACUAAAUGCUCUUCCAUGUAAUUGGUAUGCUUAAUAAUCUGUUUCAUUUCUAUGCAUUUAUAUUUUAUGUCCAUGUUAUAUAUUUUAUUAUUAAAAUACAAAUAGUCUUCUAAAAAUGUGUGACUGUCUUGUUAAUUUAGUAGGAAAUAUAAAUACUUUUCGUUUUUUUAGAAAAUGAAAAGAAAAUUAUAGAUAGGAUUUUUUAAAGUAGUAUUCAAUGAUUUCCAAACUCUACACUUCCGGUUUGUCUUAUAAAAAUACUAAAAGAUGAUAUAAACACAAAGAUAGCCAUUGAAGGAUCUAACUAUUAAAAAGCUAAAGUGGAAUGGAAGAAACCUGUUUCUGUAUUAGGAAGCUAAAGCCUGUUGGCAAUUGCACAACAUUUUUCUCACUAGUGUGUCUGCAGCUUUCUUUCCACAGAGAAUUCUUGGAACAGUUGAAAGUAACCCUGUGGAGCAGUUAAGGAGAUAGUAUGUGGCAUAAAAAAAAUGGCAUCAAGCAAUUAAAAACUGUAUAUCAGUCCCAGUAACAGAGUACUUGGCCAGUGUCAGCUUUUGGAAUAUGAAUACUAUCUGGCAGAAGCUUUUUUUUGCCUACUAUAUUCAUGCACAUAGUUUAAAUGUAUUUGGAGUGUGGACCAUUCAUUUAGA